AUGGCCGAUCCUCCUCCCGAUCCUCCCGAGCCUCAAUUCCAACGCAUCAUCAAAGAUCCUCCUCUGCCUCCCUUCCAUGUCUACGCUAUUGCCCGCCUUGCUGGCCGCUACCGCUGUCUGGGAGGUGUCUGUUGCCCAAGCCCAUACGAAGCCACGUCGAAAGAGUCCAUCGUCUUGUUCCUACGAAGAACUUUCUCGGACGCGUCAAACCGUAUCCCCCUGGUUCUUGAACUAGAGCUCGGUUCAGACUUUUAUGCCUGCCGCCGUGCCGGUCCUCCCGCGCACAGCCCACCGUCAGCAGCAGAAGAAGAAGAAGAAAAGCCGUGCUUCCCUUUUAUACACACAUGCCUAUGCGUCGGCUCGGCGUCGCUCAUGGAAGACGCGCGUUAUCAGGGAUGGAACCAUUUUGGAGAGAGUGUUUUUCCCUUGUCUGCUGAUGAGAUCCUGGGUAAUUGUCCUGUGGGUUGUUGUUAUCGCUCAGAGUUACUGCCCGAGGACGCCGCCGUCACUGGCAUGUCGGUCAUUUUUGUUGAUGUGACUGAUCCAAGCGACAUCAGACAUCGCUUUGGGAAAUGGGAACCAGACUUGGAUCCAGAAUCGGGAUCAACAAAGCUUGAGCACCUGGUGACUGGGUGGUCGUUGCCUCGAUGGUCUGGUGACGGGAUGAAUAACGGGCUCUUCACUGAAGAGGAAAGACACGAGCUAGCAUUUGCUUCCAGGAUAGAGCUUGGGGCGUUUAUAGAGACUUGGCCAGGGGUAAUCUGGGAUUUUGAUCCCUCGCAACAACCGGUCAGAUUGCCCCCGGACAGGCUGGCUUAUGCCCAAAGACGUGAAGAGUGGACAAUGGAUCCUAUGGUAGCAACCAUGGCCCAGGUGACUUGGGGGGAACUGAUCAAGUACGAAGCACCUCUGCCUAUAGGCCGACGUGCAGCAACUCGUUCGCAUUUUCGAUCUGAAAUGAAGAAGCAAAAGGGUAAAGUGGUGGCAUGGAAGGACGCCGUUCAGCUUCUGAGAUGGGUAUACCGUGAUGAAAGCUUUCUGGACUGGGCCUGCUUUACUGGUCUUACAGCACGUGUUCUGCGGUUGGUGCUCGAAAAAGACCCCUUAGCCGGCGGUAGCCCACUUUCAAGUGCUCGGGUCCUGACUCUUUGUCCUGACUGGGAAAAGGAGGAGCCCAAGGCGAUUGCGGAAGCUAUAUGCUCCCCCACAGGCGUUCGGUUUUGCGAUAUUUAUAUCAUGACACUACCCGAGCAAGCUGCGUCAAUGGAAAUCUGUCGAAAAACCAGUCAGCUCUUUCACACGAGUCUGCACGAAAGAUUCUGGCUUCCUCAACCCAGCAGUCUCUCAGUGACUCGACGAUCUCCAGUGUUACAGUUUCUCCUCCACAACCGGGAAUGCUCUCCUGAUGGCGCCACUGGCAUUAUCUCGAAUACCUUCCAGUCCUACUAUCUCAGAGAUGCUUGUCUGACCCCCAUCAAGCUCGUCAACGGCCUACUUGAUUUCAUCUACCACACCCAUUGGACCCCUUACGACGGUGAACUUGGGCCACCGUGGGGAGACGGUCUUCGAUUUUGUAUGUGUCUUUCCCGAGCCUCGUCAACCUUUGACCAAGACCAUGAACGCCCUCAAAUUCAAAUCAGCCCUCUCCCCGCAGAGGCCUACGCCAUUGCCCGUGCAACUCCCGCCUUCCGAGUACACCCCGAGAGAUACUGUCAAAGUCAGAGUGAGCCACAUCCACGUUACUAUUCUCAGCUCCGCGAUAUAGACCACGACCAUUGGACCCUGAUUCUUGUCCAGGAGAGACACAAUGCGGUCCAAGAGAGACUCAUGCCAGACGGGUCGACCAUCAUGCUUCCUUCGCUGAGACUCCAGUUCAGCUACUGCUUCGUCCGAUCGUCCAAGCCCGAAGCCAGAUUCUCACUUGUUGCCGAACGCUGUCGCCCGGCAGAUUAUGUUCGAGGAGACAUGAGGUGGAUCGGAGAAUGCCCGCUAAGCUGGCUGGACCUUGAGACGACGGACUUGGAGGGCUUCCUCUUGGACACUAUGGGUCCAGGAGUAGAUGUUGAAAAGCUGGAUGCCCGAAUCGAAUAUUACGAUGAGAGAUCUGCAUGGGCGUUGGGGACUAGGGGCGACGUACGGCAAGAUGACAUUUGGCUGGAAUUGGAAGUGAUGGAUGCCCAAGGAGCCAGAGCCGCGUUGAAGCGUCAUUCGAAAAAUGUGAAGGUAACGACUGAGGAUAUGGAAAGGAUGAGAGAUCGGUAUAGGGAUAGGGCGUGGGUUUUGGGGGCCGAGGGGGGGAACCAAGGAAUGGAUGGGGCUUUGAUUCUUGGAGACCCCAGGAUGGAUCGGUACUCGGUCGUAAUGCCCGACGCGCCCUUUGAUUCUGCCUACAUUGACACCACGCGCACGCACGGGAGGCCCAUUGGGUAUUCCAGGUUGGACCCAGAACAUACCAAGGUGACCGAGGGCAUGUUCAUCGAUACCCAGAAGACAGCCGUUGACCUGAUGACAGUGACUCGUAUUGGACAAUGUCUCUAUGAGGGCUUUGGGUAA